GAGAGAGAGAGAGAGAGGGACUUACGCUUAGAUGGCGACGCUGCAGAAAUUCAAGCUCCUGGCGAUGCAAUGCGGCGUCGUCCAGAGCCCCACACGAAGCCCCAGGACCAGCCCGCUGGUUCAGUUUCAGCGCCGGAAAACCACCUUGCGGAUGCUUCUCUGCCGGAGCACCAGUAGCCGAUCACCUCGUCGGCGAGAGACGACCUUUCAGCUGAAGCAUGUGAUGGAUUCAUCGGAGGAGGAGGAUAGCGGGAAAGAUUCAAUGCGGAGGAACUCACUGAAAGAAUUGUUCGGGUCCUCGCUUCCAAACGAAGAAGGAGGUGAGAGACAAAUCACUGAAAUCAGCGAGAGCAACAAGCUUCCAUCUAGAGAGUUCCAUUCCUUCGUGGGUUCGAUUAACGGACUCGGGUCACCGAAACCGGGUUGGACGCGUUUCCGUUACAGGUCGUUAUUGAGGAAAUCUUGGCGCCCAGCUCUGGUCACCAUUCCAGAGGAAUAAAGAUCUCUCUGUUUCAUGCCAUCUCCAAUUUCCCCAGCUAAUCGAAUCCAAAUGUAUUUCUCUCUGUUAACUAGAAUUUUAAAACUAUUUACUGUGGCAUUAUCCUUAAUCUUAUACGAUAA